AUGUACGCUGAUGACAUUGCUGUUGACAUUGCUGAUGACAUUGCCGAUGACAUUGCUGAUGACAUUGCUGAUGACAUUGCCGAUGACAUUGCUGAUGACAUUGCCGAUGACAUUGCUGUUGACAUUGCCGAUGACAUUGCUGAUGACAUUGCUGAUGACAUUGCCGGUGACAUUGCUGAUGACAUUGCUGAUGACAUUGCCGAUGACAUUGCUGUUGACAUUGCCGAUGACAUUGCUGUUGACAUUGCCGAUGACAUUGCUGUUGACAUUGCCGAUGACAUUGCUGAUGACAUUGCUGUUGACAUUGCCGAUGACAUUGCUGUUGACAUUGCCAAUGACAUUGCCGAUGACAUUGCUGAUGACAUUGCUGAUGACAUUGCCGAUGUCAUUGCUGAUGAUAUUGCCGAUGGCAUUGCUGUUGACAUUGCCGAUGACAUUGCUGAUGACAUUUCCGAUGACAUUGCCGAUGACAUUGCUGAUGACAUUGCUGAUGUCAUUGCUGAUGACAUUGCCGAUGACAUUGCCGAGGACAUUGCUGAUGACAUUGCUGAUGACAUUGCUGAUGACAUUGCCGAUGACAUUGCUGAUGACACUGCCGAUGACAUUGCUGAUGACAUUGCCGAUGACAUUGCUGAUGACAUUGCCGAUGACAUUGCCGAUGACAUUGCUGAUGACAUUGCUGUUGACAUUGCCGAUGACAUUGCCGAUGACAUUGCUGAUGACAUUGCUGAUGACAUUGCCGAUGACAUUGCUGAUGACAUUGCCGAUGACAUUGCUGAUGACAUUGCUGUUGACAUUGCCGAUGACAUUGCUGAUGACAUUGCCGAUGACAUUGCUGAUGACAUUUCUGAUGACAUUGCUGUUGACAUUGCCGAUGAAAUUGCUAUUGACAUUGCCGAUGACAUUGCUGAUGACAUUGCUGAUGACAUUGCUGAUGACAUUGCCGAUGACAUUGCUGAUGACAUUGCUGUUGACAUUGCCGAUGACAUUGCUGAUGACAUUGCCGAUGACAUUGCCGAUGACAUUGCUGAUGACAUUGCUGAUGACAUUGCCGAUGACAUUACAGAUGACAUUGCCGAUGACAUUGCUGUUGACAUUGCUGUUGACAUUGCUGAUGACAUUGCUGAUGACAUUGCUGAUGACAUUGCCGAUGACAUUACAUAUGACAUUGCCGAUGACAUUGCUGUUGACAUUGCUGUUGACAUUGCCGAUGACAUUGCUGAUGACAUUGCUGAUGUCAUUGCCGAUGACAUUGCCGAUGACAUUGCUGAUGACAUUGCUGAUGACAUUGCCGAUGUCAUUGCUGAUGACAUUACAGAUGACAUUGCCGAUGACAUUGCUGAUGACAUUGCUGAUGAUAUUGCCGAUGUCAUUGCUGAUGAUAUUGCCGAUGUCAUUGCUGAUGAUAUUGCUGAUGACAUUGCUGAUGACAUUGCCGAUGACAUUGCUGAUGAUAUUGCCGAUGUCAUUGCCGAUGACAUUGCUGAUGACAUUGCUGAUGACAUUGCCGAUGACAUUGCUGAUGACAUUGCCGAUGACAUUGUUUUUUUUUGUCCUGACGAAGACUACAUCUUGUAUAUGUAG